GUUCAUGCAAAUCUAUAGACUCUCUCCCAAACUUCCAAACUAACUUCGUGAAACUGACAAGCAAUACGAUAUUUCAUUACGUUUGACGGUACACAGGCAGGAACAGUGUCUGAAGUGAAGUCCAAGAAGAUGACCCAAUGUCUGCGAAUUCCCUCAAGAUUUACAAAGCUGCACCAUUCUCUGGGUGUUUUGGCGAGCGUUCGUUGGAGUAGCAGUCUCAGACCUGGCCCCCUGCUUAGUGCUGACCCCUGCAGGGCACUCAUCAAUGAAAAGAUCUGGAUCAGAGCCCGUUUCCUGCCCCCUCUCUCUCCGGUGACAGUGUCCACUCAGAUGUACAGUGAGGAGAGAGACCUGUGGCAGUCCUACGCACACUACAACACAGACUCAGAGGGAACGGUCAACUUGUGCAGAGAUGCUUCAGUCGGGGGCUCGUAUGUCGGCUGUGAACCGAUGGGGCUGUUCUGGGCUCUGCAUCCGGCUCCAGGAGAGAGAGAGGGACUAAGGUUAAUAAAGAGGGACGUGCGCACUCCAUAUGAGUUUAAAGUGUCUGUUUCGGAGGGACAUGUUUCUCUUGGCCACCGGGGGGCAGAACACUCAGAACUGGCCUCCAUCAGCAUUGAGCGCUCGUACAUGGCUCCAGGAGUCAAGAGGGUGGAGAUCCGGGAAAAUGGACUCGUGGGGACCUUAUUCCUACCUCCAGGUCCUGGUCCAUUCCCGGCCGUUUUAGAUCUUUUUGGGAUGGCUGGAGGUUUGAUGGAGUUCCGCUCGGCUCUGUUUGCAUCCAAAGGCUAUGCUAGCUUCUCCUUGGCAUACUUUGGUCACAAGGAUCUGCCUGGGCCACUAAAAACUAUCAAUGUUGGGAAUGCAUACUUCAAGACAGCGUUUCAGUUCCUCCAGGAUCACGAUCAGAUUUGUCAGGACAGAGUGGGAGUCCUGGGCAUCUCUUAUGGAGGCUACCUGACUCUGAGAGUAUCAACUUUACCUGGAGUCAAGCCGGCCUGUUUGAUUUGCAUAAACGGACCAGUGGGCAGCACCGCUCCACUUUCUGAUGACGAGGGGAGAACUAAGGCUUUUGAAUUUGAACAAAAACACUGGAACUUCACCCCCGAGGGCUAUGUCAUUUUCAAGGACAUCUCGUUCCCAGAGAAUUUACCGGAACCGUUGAGAGUCAAGAUUGAGGAAAUUCCUUGUCCGGUCAUGUACAUUGUGAGUGAGGAUGACUUGAGCGCGUGUGCUGCAGAGAAUGCUGAUGUGUUGGAGCAGACCCUAAACGCCUGUGGUAAAGGUCACCUGUUCACCCGCCUGUCAUAUCCUGGAGCCGGGCACCUCAUUGAGCCGGCAUAUUCCCCACACAUCCGAUUGUCUCUGUGGACCGUCAAACCAGAGAAACUGUUUGUUCUUUGGGGGGGGCAGCCAGCCCCUCACGCUGUUGCUCAAGAGGACGCCUGGAGAAGGAUCCACCAGUUCUUGGAUACUCACCUCAGAGGAGACAGAGUUCACUAAAAAGUUAGGACAAUGUGCAUGAUACAUGUAUGUAUGUCAGUUACUGUGGUGACACAAUGCACACAUUACACACGGCUUAUUGCUAGGAUGUGGGGUCGGGAGGAUCGGCCUCCUGCGAUUGGUCAUUUGAAGUGAUGAAGUUUAGGGACACGUUUUUUUUUUAAGUAAAGAAGCGGGUUUUGGUUAAAGUUAUGGUUAAGGUUAGGGUUUGGUUAAGUUUUUGAACAGGGUUAUGUUAAGGUGAAGAAAAUGGGUCAAGUUUGGGUUGGGAAAAUGUUUUAGGGUAGUUAACAUGUUAUAUAACAUCGGCAUCGACAAGCCAUAACUACACUUGCACUACUUACAAGCCAUAACUACACUGUCAAAUCACUUUUAACAUAGUCAAAAAAUAGAAAAUGGAUUUAAAAAACACAUUUUCAGCACCCUGAGAUCAAUACGAGCGUUCAUGGUCUAGUUUAGAUGUUUGAUUUUCAACAAAAAGGAGAGAGUGACUCACUGAAAACUGUUGGCUAAUGCUAGCUUCUGCAAUAGUACUAUCAAAUUCUACCAAAUGAGUUAUUUUGUUAUUGCUUUGUACCUGUGCUGCUGUGAAUUUGUAGUCGUGUUGCCAAGCAACACGCCCUCAGAGCUGUGUAGCAUUUCUGAGGUAAGACAAACUACUUUAGAGUCCUGACAAAAUAUUAUAUUUUUGCUAUUGAAUGUUCUCUAGUUUCUUUUCCAAAUCAUUAUGUAUUGUAUUUUAAUUAGCUACAUUGUAUUUCAAUGCAAGUUAAUUUUAAUCAGUAUACUGUGAGGUAAUAACCAAACAGUUACUAUGUUAAUUCACAAAAUACAGAGAAUGCAGACAGCACAUGACCAAUUAGAAGUGAUUGGUUCAGGAACAUCACAUCACUAGUAUUUACCUCCAGUCGGCUCUUUUGAAUGGUUCCUUUCUCAUUUUUAUGCAUUUUUACACAGAUUAACGCUGAAUCAAGAGAAGAAUCAGUACAGAACAUAGAUUGUAUACAGUGGUCCCUCGUUUAUCGCGGGGGAUUACGUUCCAAAAAUAACCCACGAUAGUAGUAGGAUAGUAGUUUUUACAAUUAUUAUAUAUGUUUUGUAGCUGUAAAACCCCUCACCACAAACUUUAUACACUUUUUCUCACACAGGCAUUAACAUUUUCUCACAUUUCUCUCUUGUUUAAACACUCUCAAAGUUCAAACCUUUGUAGAUAAAAAAAAGCACAGUAUUAUAGAACGAAACCAAAUACUGUACUGUAAAUAAAAAUGACAGCUUUAAGAAAUACUGUAACAAAUAAAAUUUUACUGAUCAGCCUACGAGGUUGGACACAUAAGAAAUGAUUAAUAGUGACUCACGCGUAUUUCACAGUUCCUCUGACCGCACCUCUUCGUCCUGGCGCCGCUCCGCUGUAAUGUCUCGUAAUGUUCUUUUUCCUGCAGUCACUGAUCCACAAAGCUAAAGCAGACUCCAUUGACACAGUGGUCUUGGUGUGGGCAGUUACAACCCUUUUUCCAUUCGUCUUCAAACUUAUUGCUGCUGUCGUCCUUAUGUUAUUUUACAUGCAAAGUCUCUAGCCCGUUACUACCGAGGGUCCCCUAAUUUGGGGACUCUGGGAAGCGAAUUUCUGUUUCGCCAUGAGCCAACACACUAAUCACGGAAAAUACAUUAAUGUGGCACAUCAAAUUAAACAGCACCGCUAGCGCUGCAAGGCUAUGUAGACUAUUUUCGCCGUCCACAAACACAACUCAGAUGACACCCAAGAGAACACCUCAAAACAAAAUCCUCCAACCUCAGUUUGGCCAAACCACUCACCGCAUUUACGGCUCCACAACAGCUGUACUUCAUGCUACCCACACAAACAACCGCGCAAAAGAAAAGAAAAGACUCUACCGGUUCCAAAGAUGUAAGCCCCAGCACUGUACACCAAAGCAUCGCGGAGAUAUAAGCUUUUCAAGCUUGCUUUUCAAAACCACAUUAGUAAAAAUUCUUACCUUUGUCGUCUUGCCGUGAAAAGUUUAUUCUACUGUAAAUAAAAGCUAUUUAGCCCCGACUGUUGUCCACCACUUAACAGUCUGAGAGUGGUUCUAUCGUGAUAUAUGGUUCCUACUGAGCACUUACAGUAAACCAAUGGAGAAGCAUGGCACUUUCACAUGGCUUUGUUUUCCCCCUUCUGGUUGGCUGACUGUGUUGUCAAUCUUGUAUUGCAAGUUAUAGCCUCAUUCUAUUGGCUUUCACGAUUCCAGAGAGGGGUCACUCAUGCAUAUUGACCAAUCCGCUGGGGAGUAAGAUCUGCACGCAAAGGGAAGAGGCCAGAAGGACCAUUACACACAAGGACGCAGAGCGCACGGGACAAACUUAGUUUUGCUUCUU